AAUCUGUGACACAGUUUCUGUAAUCUGUGAUCAUAUUUUCUACAUCAAAUUUUUUAUUAAAGAAGUUAGUUUAUCUUUUUUGUUUAUCUUAUUCCAUCCUAGAUUUUCAAAAUCUCUAAAUAGCCACAGUUUCUUGGAAAGCUUCUACAAAAAAUAUAAACAAUCCGAUUAAUAUUAGGUCGUUAAUAAUGUCCAGACAAAUAUCCAGACUCGAUGCUAAGAAAGUGAAUUCGGAGCUCCUGACUCUUACUUAUGGCGCUCUUGUGUCUCAAAUGCUAAAGGAGACUGAAAACACGGAUGAUGUCAACAAACAGUUGGAACGCAUUGGUUAUAACAUGGGUGUUAGGCUCAUUGAAGAUUUCCUUGCGCGGACUUCAUCAAACAGAUGUUUAGAGAUGAGGGAGACAGCAGACAAAAUUCAACAAGCUUUUAAAUUAUACCUAAAUAUGCAGCCAACAGUAACAAGCUGGAGUAGCUCUGGAGAUGAAUUCUCAUUAAUAUGGGACCAGUGUCCACUCAGUGAAUGGGUUGAAAUGCCCAACAAUGGCCUUAAGUACUGUGCACUAUUACCAGGAGUUAUACGAGGCGCACUGCAAAUGGUCCAGCUAGAUGUACAAUGUUGGUUUGUUCAGGAUCAACUCAAAGGCGAUGCGGUGACAGAGUUAAGAGUAAAAUAUAUAAAAAGAUUAGAAGAUGCUGUUCCUGCUGGCGAAGAUUAAAUAUUUAAAUAAAUAUAUCUAAUAAUUAAUUAAUUAAUAUUUAAAUGUAAACAAAUUAUUCAUUAUGUUUUUUGUUGCAUUGUAAAAAGAUUUUAUGGUUUAUGUAUAAAAGGGGCUAAUUAUGUAAGCCACACCAUAGAAUCCUAGAAAGUUUCUAAUCAAGCAUCUUUUUAUAUAGUGUUCAACUUGACCACAAUAAAAUUUUGUGGAAUACCUAAGAUUAAGACUUGUUCAAGAAAUAUGCAAGUUACAACAGGAAGACUCCUACCAUUCUGAAAUCCAAUGAUAGCUUUCAUGAUAAUGAACAACAUUCUACAAGAAACAUGAAUAGAAUUUUGAAAACAAUAUAUACUUCAUACUUAAUCAAUCACAUCAUGUUAUCACACUAUCCUGAUGGAAAAUAUGGUCCAUCAAUAUGACCAACUAAAAGGACAAUGUUCUACUCUCAACUAUUGGCCGCAUUAUGCCGGCUUACUAAAUGCUUUUUCAUAUUACGUUUUAAGGAUUCGAGAUAAUAUGAUGAAGAGAACAAUUCACAAAAAGGUCAUUCCAUUAUGGUAAGGUGCACAUGAGAAUACGCAAACAUUUGUAGGCGAGCAUGCCCGGUAUACAAUACGGAUGGUGUGUAUCAAUAUUUUUCUGUAAUCCCACUCCUGUAAUAGUAAUACAUAUUUCUAUUUUAUAGGCUGAUGUUUAAUACAUUUUUAUUUAUAAAUUUGUUAAUAAUUUUCUAAUAUUCACACAACAAUUGUAAAUCUUUUCAUGUCUUACACCACAAAUGUACAUACCUACGUGCAACGGGUAUUUUAUAACGUAACUGGGGGUCUACCAUGAAAUGAAAUUCCGAAUUUUCGGGCUCAAUUUCGUGUUUUUGUUAUACCGAAAUCGUCCCUGUAAAUGAAGCUUACCAUUUCGUUUGUCAUAAAUCCUACCAUAAAAGUCCAUAGGAAUGAUUCUUUAGCAUUUUUAAUAUUUUUAAAUGGUAUGUAUUAUGUAAUUUGAACAUCAAAUUUGUGUUUCGUUCGGAUCUGAAAUUUCGAAAAACAUUUCAUUGUAGGCCCUCUGCUCUGGGGGUACUUAUUGUAAACAGUAGAUGCAUAGCCAAAUAAUAUAUUAUUUCUAACUCGAUUAGUAUGACAUUACCCAUGUGAAACAAGAUCACUUGUAUGAAAAAAUACAUGGCGUCUUCGUAUAAAAUUUUGUCGCUUGUGAUGAUCAGCGUUAUACUUCUAAUAGUCGUAACAAUAAAAUUAAGUAGGGUAUCAUGAGCUCGUGUAGUAGACUAGUAAUCUACAUGAGUUUUUUUUUGUAUGUAAAAAUGGAAUGGUAACCCCGCCUGUGCUAACGGGAAACGCUGGCGGGGCACCAGUGAAGGGUGAUUAAUGAGGAUGAAAACAGGCCAGUUAGCCCAUCAUGAUGAAUUCAUCAGGAAUUAACCAUGAUAGUUUCCAGGGGGAACCGCGAGGAGGUCGACCUGAUUGGGUAUAUUGCUAGCAAUGGGAUUCUCAGUCUCCAUUACUAACAAUCCCUUUCUCCCCACCUACAUGAGUUUAGGGUACCCUACUUAAUGCUAUUAAUACAUCCCGAAAAUAAUCUCUCAUAUUUGGAGAACCCUGUUUUUUUAAUUUCAUAAAUAUUAUCUGUACAUUUCAGUUCAUUAUAAUUAUUAUUUAUUACUUUCUGUUACAACCAGUAUUAUAUAUACUGUGUACGUCUGAACACGCAUGUUUGUACGAAUUUUUCGUUGAUAGCAAAAUAAAAAUAUUUACCAAAAAAAAAAUAUGAAUAACAAGAAACAAAUAUAAUAAAUAAUGAAAAUAAUAAUAUGUUUUUGUUUUUAGUUUUUUAUAUACGAUAAGAUAAGUUGUUUCGUAUCUUUAUCAGUUCUUCUUAAUAUCAAGCGGUGAUUUGUGUUUACAUGAUUUCAAUCGAACUGAAUCAGAUUGAAGUUCUAAGAAUUUUUUUUGUCACAUAAAAACAAAUUAAACCUAUUUAAUAAGAAACUAUACUUGAAGUUAGUCUCCGUCUGCAAAGGCUUUAUUACAACAAUAAUAUGAAUGUGAAAAUGUU